AUGACGUCGCAUGCAUCCGGUUCGCCGCUUCUUUUCGACUCCGGGCCGCGGGGCCCGGACUUUGCGUUCGAAGAGGCCCUUUACAAAAAGGGCCAUAACGCUGUCGCCGGCGUUGACGAAGCCGGGCGCGGCCCGUUGGCAGGCCCUGUCGUCGCGGCCGCCAUCGUGCUCGAUCCAUCGGUGGAAAUUGCGGGCCUUGCCGAUUCCAAGGCGCUGACGGCACGGCGCCGCGACAUUCUGUUCGACGCGAUCAUGGCCGAUGCGCGUGCGGUCAGCGUGGCAAGCGUCUGCGCCGACAGCAUCGAUGCGUCCGACAUCCGCAAGGCGAGCCUUGCGGCGAUGCGCGCCUGUGUGACCGGCCUUUUGCCGCGCGCCGAUGCGGCGCUGUUCGACGGGCGCGACGUACCGCCCGGACUGCCGCCGGAGUUUGCGGCACAGUCGGUGAUCAAGGGCGAUGCGCGCUGUCUGUCGGUCGCCGCCGCCUCGAUCGUCGCCAAGGUCAGCCGGGACCGGAUGCUCGUCAACCUGUGCACGGCGCAUCCGGGCUAUGGCCUGUCGGGGCACAAGGGAUACGGCUCGGCCGGCCAUCGCGCGGCCAUCGAACGUCUUGGCGGCGUUGCGCGCCUGCACCGUUUCACGUUCCGCCCGCUGUCCGGGCUCUGA